AUGCAACAAGCAACGGGGAAUGAAUUAUUGGGUAUCCUGGAUCUGGAUAACGAUAUAGACUUUGAAACUGCUUACCAAAUGCUCAGCAGUAACUUUGACGACCAAAUGUCUGCGCACAUACAUGAAAACACGUUUAGUACAGGAUCCCCUCCUCUAUUGACACACGAUCUCGGCGUUAUUCCCAACGUGACUACCGUGCAACCCUCUCAUGUAGAAGCUCUACCUAUCGAUAACCAAACUCAUCAUGUUCCUUUGAACUCUCAUGCACAUUAUCUAAAUCACAACCCUCAUCAACCAAGCGUAGGGUUUGAUCAUACUCUUGGUCUGAAAUUGUCUCCUUCUAAUUCCGGAUUGUUGAGCACGAACGAAUCGAAUGCAAUUGAGCAGUUUUUAGACAAUUUAAUCUCUCAGGAUAUGAUGUCCUCCAACGCUUCCAUGGGCCCUGAUUCACAUCUUCACACAAGAUCACCGAAAAAGCAGCAUAAGUAUGCAGAAGCAAAUCAAAGAUAUUCUGAAGCAAAUUCUCACAGUAACACAAGAGAGUUACCCACAAACAUAGCAGAUGUGCCAGCCGAAUUCGCCACUAGGGAAGGACCUCAUCAGCCCAUUAGCAAUGAUCACUAUAACCCACCACCAUUUUCGAUACCUGAGAUAAGGAUCCCAGACUCUGAUAUUCCGGCCAAUAUCGAGGACGACCCUGCGAAGAUAAGAAAAUGGAAACACGUUCAAAUGGAGAAGAUACGAAGAAUAAACACCAAGGAAGCUUUUGAAAGGCUCAUUAAAUCAGUAAAGACCCCACCGAAGGAAAACGGGAAAAGAAUCCCCAAACAUAUCCUUUUAACCUGUGUAAUGAACGAUAUCAAAUCCAUUAGAAGCGCGAACGAAGCACUACAACACAUUUUGGAUGAUUCGUAA